AGGACGAGUGAGGUAAGCAGCCCCGGGAGCCCACUGAAUGACACCAUGCUGCGGGGUGAGACCCCAGGGGUGUAGGGCGGGGGAUUCCAGUCCCCGCCCUGCUUCCCUGCCCCUCCCCCCGCCUCCUUUACGCCCCUCCCCCCUCCUCCCCGCUGGUUGGAAAGUUUCUAGAAUCUCUUCCCAGCGGCCUUUGCGGUUCCAACAUGGCGGAGCUGACGGUGGAGGUUCGCGGCUCCAACGGGGCUUUCUACAAGGGAUUUAUCAAAGAUGUUCAUGAAGACUCCCUCACAGUUGUUUUUGAAAACAAUUGGCAACCAGAACGUCAGGUUCCAUUUAAUGAAGUCAGAUUACCACCACCACCAGACAUAAAAAAGGAAAUUAGUGAAGGUGAUGAAGUCGAGGUAUAUUCAAGAGCAAAUGACCAAGAACCUUGUGGAUGGUGGUUGGCUAAAGUUCGAAUGAUGAAAGGAGAAUUUUAUGUCAUUGAAUAUGCUGCUUGUGAUGCCACUUACAAUGAAAUAGUCACAUUUGAACGACUUCGGCCUGUCAAUCAAAAUAAAGCUGUCAAAAAAAAUACCUUCUUUAAAUGCACAGUGGAUGUUCCUGAAGAUUUGAGAGAGGCGUGUGCUAAUGAAAAUGCACAUAAAGAUUUUAAGAAAGCUGUAGGAGCAUGCAGAAUUUUUUACCACCCAGAAACCACACAGCUAAUGAUACUGUCUGCCAGUGAAGCAACUGUGAAGAGAGUAAAUAUUUUAAGUGACAUGCAUUUGCGAAGUAUUCGUACGAAGUUGAUGCUAAUGUCUAGAAAUGAAGAGGCCACUAAGCAUUUAGAAUGCACAAAACAACUUGCAGCAGCUUUUCAUGAGGAAUUUGUUGUGAGAGAAGAUUUGAUGGGCCUGGCAAUAGGAACACAUGGUAGUAACAUACAGCAAGCUAGGAAGGUUCCUGGAGUUACAGCUAUUGAACUAGAUGAAGAUACUGGAACAUUUAGAAUCUAUGGAGAGAGUGCUGAUGCUGUAAAAAAGGCUAGAGGUUUCUUGGAAUUUGUGGAGGAUUUUAUUCAGGUUCCUAGGAAUCUUGUUGGAAAAGUAAUUGGAAAAAAUGGCAAAGUUAUUCAAGAAAUAGUGGACAAAUCUGGUGUGGUUCGGGUGAGAAUUGAAGGAGACAAUGAAAAUAAACUACCUAGAGAAGAUGGGAUGGUUCCAUUUGUAUUUGUUGGCACUAAAGAAAGCAUCGGAAAUGUGCAAGUGCUCUUAGAGUACCAUAUUGCUUAUCUAAAGGAAGUAGAACAACUAAGGAUGGAACGCCUACAGAUUGAUGAACAACUUCGACAGAUUGGUAUGGGUUUCAGACCUUCUUCCACCAGAGGGCCUGAAAAAGAGAAAGGAUAUGCCACUGAUGAAAGUACCGUCUCUUCUGUACAAGGUUCUAGGUCUUAUAGUGGAAGAGGCAGAGGUCGUCGGGGCCCUAAUUACACCUCCGGUUAUGGUACAAACUCUGAGCUGUCUAACCCCUCUGAAACAGAAUCUGAGCGGAAAGAUGAGCUGAGUGAUUGGUCAUUGGCAGGAGAAGAUGAUCGAGAGAGCCGGCAUCAGCGUGACAGUAGGAGACGCCCGGGAGGAAGAGGCAGAAGUGUUUCAGGGGGUCGAGGUCGUGGUGGACCGCGUGGCGGCAAAUCCUCCAUCAGUUCUGUGCUCAAAGAUCCAGACAGCAAUCCAUACAGCUUACUUGAUAAUACAGAAUCAGAUCAGACUGCAGACACUGAUGCCAGCGAAUCUCAUCACAGUACUAACCGUCGUAGGCGGUCUCGUAGACGAAGGACUGAUGAAGAUGCUGUUCUGAUGGAUGGAAUGACUGAAUCUGAUACAGCUUCAGUUAAUGAAAAUGGGCUAGUCACAGUUGCAGAUUAUAUUUCUAGAGCUGAGUCUCAGAGCAGACAAAGAAACCUCCCAAGGGAAACUUUGGCUAAAAACAAGAAAGAAAUGGCAAAAGAUGUGAUUGAAGAGCAUGGUCCUUCAGAAAAGGCAAUAAAUGGCCCAACUAGUGCUUCUGGCGAUGAAAUUUCUAAGCUACAGCGUACUCCAGGAGAAGAAAAGAUUAAUACCUUAAAAGAAGAAAACACUCAAGAAGCAGCAGUCCUGAAUGGUGUUUCAUAAACUGAAGAAGUUCCUAGUUUACAGUUCUUUUACAUUACAUUUUACAAUAGUGCUUGUACAAGCUUGCCAAAGAUAGAAUAUGGAUCGCCAGUCUUUACAUCGCACUUUCAGUUCCUCCAUUUGGAAUUCAGAAAGGGGAGGGAUCCUGAAGAAAUCAUAUGUUAAACAUACUUUGACACCUACUGUGUUAUAAAAUAUAUCAUCAGAUGUGCCUUGAGAAUAGUAUAUGUAACAUUAAAAAAAGUUGCUGGCUAUAGGAAAUGUUAUUUUGUUUUCAAAAUAUGGCAGAGAUUGGGGGGAGGUGGGUGGGGUGGGAUCCCUAACGUAAUAUUCUUUAUGAAAGCAUUAGCUGCUUUUGUUACAUUUUUAAUAAUAUGCAACCACUUCUCCACCUGAGGAAAACUAGAGUGAAAUGCAGUCUAAAAUAUUUUGCACUGAAUUGUAAUUUCUUCAUUAGUUUAGUCUGGAAACUGGUCUGUUUUAAUAUUUUUAAAAUGCUGUAUGUAGAGGAAAAUCUGCAGACCACUGGAAUACAUUUGUUAAACUCUCAUCUGCAGGGACACUGGGUGAUAUUGGCAGUGACUGUUCUAUAUUGAGGCUUUGUUUGGUUUAUUUAUUAAAGUGUACAGUAUUUAAAAAUCAAACAUAGCUUUAGUUAAAACACUAAGCUGAAUUAGUCGUGUCCAUUCAGACAUAACCUGAACUACUGAAAAAGAUCAAUUUCCAGAAGGUUUAUUCUGUAUAAACUACAUGUUAGUCUUCAGUAGAGUAUCUUUUCCUUUUCUUACUUUUUUUUUCUUUUUUCUUUUUCUUUUUUUUUCUUUUUUUGAUUUUGGUUGUUUGAUGUGCAAUAUGUUUUUGUAUGCAGGUAGUAAAUAAACUUUGAUCUUCCAUUUGCUGAUUUUUAACUUUCUACUUUUUAUACCCACUGUUGCAAAGUAGUUGGAGCUACUUCUAGCCCUAGGAUAGUAUCCCAAUUGCUUUUUUAAAAGCAUUUAUAUUUGCUGAUAAAUAGUAUCAAACUAUUAGUUGGUCAGUUAAUUAUUUUGUAAUGAACCCUCUGAAACCUUAGCAUUUAAAAUUUAGUUUGUUAGAAUAGAAUAGCUUGGGGCAUUAAUCAUAGACUUGCUAUUAAGAAGUCUUCAUAGCAAAAAUCCACUCAAGGUCAACUUUGAAAGGCAGUGGGGUAAAAUCUAGAAUUUUACUUUUGCCUUUGAUUCUUUAUUAAAAACUAUUUUUAUAAAGUAUGAGCAAUUUUGAAAUAUGGGAAUUGAUUCUCAAAAUAAUUUUGAAGGUUCUUAUGCUAAUGAUUGUAUUUUUUGUGUAUAUAUUUUAGUCAGAUGGCUUAAUUUUAGGAAGCUUUAGGAAGCUUUUCACACCAAGUGUGUUAUAAAAAGUGCAAUACAGUAAUUUAUACAGCUAAGAGUGAGGUCAUAUAAAAUAAUUGUGGAUUUAUGGGUGAGUUUAGCUCCACAGUAUCUCAUAGAUCACUGAGCAAGAAAACCCUUUUUGUCAUUUGGUGUCUUAAUGUGUUUUAUGUGCAUAAUUUGUGUUAAUUUUUUAUGUGCAUAAAAAUGGUAAGUGGUUUUAGUUAAUUGGUAAUGCUUGAAAGAGAAUUCAGGCUAGAAAUGUAAUACUUGCCAGGUCAGGGUACAUAAUCCUAGCCUCAAAUUUAUUGUUGAGGUUAAGAUGUGAUGUUAUUAAAUGCUUUUUUUUAUAAAACCCCUAUUAACAGAAUUUUUAGGAAGAUAUGUUGUGAACAGUUAGUUCUUGCACAUUGAAUAGAAAAUGUGAAGUGAUUUCAUAUCCUGGUUUUUAAAAAUUGGUACCCACAAAUGUAUUUUUAUCCAUCAAGGUUAAAAACAAGUAAAAUUGUUGGCCUUUUUAGUUCUGUUCAAUAAUAGGUUUGCAAUUAACUAUGAUUAUGAGAUGACUGUUCACUGAUCCCCAAAUUGGUGAAUGUGGUAUAAGGAAAAAGAUUUUUCAUUUUCUUCCUUGUAGAACAGAUUCACUAAAAUCUUCUCCCGUAAAGAUUGUUUUCAGUGGGAAAGAAAGAGACAAGGUUACCUUAAAAAGUGGGUAUAGCCCAAGCAGUUCUUCAGACUAGAAUAGUAAAUGCAUUUUAGGAAAUAAGUAUUAGAUUUCAUUACUUACAAAUGACUAAACCCAAUGUUUUUUUCCUUUAGAAAUAUGUGUAUUGAAGAAUUGUGAUAGGCUUCUUUGUGGCUAAAUAGUACAUGCUUAGAUUUAGAAGUGAAAAGCACUCCUCAAAGAUAACCAUUGUUAGUUCAGUUGGCUUUCCAAACUUAUUUUGAGUGGGGCACAUCUUACUUUGGUUACUACACUAAUUAGAUGUUGGUUGCUAUAGGGGAAUAUGCCUAUGCACAUUAAACACAUACUCAGGCGGAAAGGUCUAUCCUAAAGGUCUUAAGCAGCUCACCUAUUGUUGUCAGCACACAUGAAAUCUGAACUAAAUCAUGAAGUGGAGCUGAGAUCAUGUGGAAGCAAAAUGAUCUUUUCCUGAAACCUUGGAAAGGCUAGGGUUCUUGGGUUUGGCUUUUAAGCCUUCAGUGGGACUAAAACUAUGCAAAAUGGUGUGAUCUGUCUUGUCAGGUCACUCACCAUUGGUAAACGUAUAGUGCAGAUAGAAGUCUUAAUUUUAAGAAGGUAGGUAUUUGAAGUUGAGACAUAGCACAUCAAACUGGUGACUAUGAAAACUGACCCGAGGUAUUGCUAAGGAUGAGGCUGUGGGAGGUUGCUUAAAUGUAAUUUUUUAAAAAGUACAGAUACCUGUAGGCAAGCAGAAACAGCCAGUGAGGAGGCGGCAAAAGUAGUUGGUAUCUUACUAUUGUAUUCUGGAUUUCCAUUUAACUCAGCCAUUCUUUUUUGUCCGGGAUCCAUCAGCUUUAUGUCAAUGGCAUUUUUAUAGCUUUGAGUCUAGUAUUUAACCUAAGAAGGGUCUCUUGCAAAGUUGGCGUGUUAACUGAAUGCUGCUGUUAGAUUGGGAAAUGGUACCAUUUGUGUCCUCUGCAAAUAGAUUUUUUUGAGGUUGAAACCAACUAGAUACUAUUCUCAUAGGCUGUGCCUAUGGUAAACUGAGCUUAGUCUAAGAACAGAUGAACGGAAAACUGGUUAUAAUACAGAAUUAAGUCCUAUGUCAGAUGCUGGGUGGUUAUUGGAAAUGAGAUUAAAGGGAAGUUGGGUUUGAACUG